UACAAGCUGUUUAUGUCAGAGUCUGCCUUUUAGUGCUUUGGUUAGCACAUGGGAAAGGGGAAGAAGGGGGGUGAGGAGACCAUGUUUGGCCCAGUGAUGAUGGGGGCUCAGGGAGCCAUGAGAAAGAAGUGAGUCACAGCAGGAGUCCUUGUCCAGCACAGUUCUAAGCUGGAGCAGACAAAUUCUUCCUUAGCCAUAUCUGAAGAAACAGGCAAGAGGUGGAAAAGGAAAUAACCUACCAGAAUAAUCCUGAACAGAGCAGAGGCAGAGAUGACGGAGAACCUGAGAAUGGGAAGCAAGGCUCCGGGAACUUCUUGGUGGCUGUGGGUACUGGGAACCCUGUUGGGACUUUCACCAGGGGUAAUAUCCAAGCGUCAUUGCCCACAAGGACAGUACCAGGUGGAGCAAGGAUCAUGGUGCUGCCAACUAUGUAAUCCAGGCACAUUCCUAGUCAGGGACUGUGAUGGUGAUGGGAAGGAUCCUCACUGUAAAUCCUGUAUUCCUGGAUUGUCCUUCACUCCAGACCACCAUGCCCAGCGCCAAUGUGAGAGCUGUCGAAUCUGUAAUAAUGGAUUCUCAAUUCAGAAAUGCAACAUCACUACCAAUACAGAGUGUGCCUGCCCUAAGGGGCAACAGUGUCGAGAUAAAGAAUGCACCAACUGUGACCCCCAACCUACGUCCCUGCUGAGUUCACCCCAGUAUCCCGUCAGAAGUUCACAUCCACAUCCUGCAACCAUGCCCCAACACCCCGACACCCACUCAGCUUACUACUCUGAGAUGGCUGGCACUAGUGCCACAAGACGUGUCCAAAAUCCAUCCCCAACAGCCCCGUCCAAUCAUGUCAGCAUCUACAUCCUCCUCAUCCUCUGUGGAUUGAUUCUGACCAUGCUCAUUCAUGGGACUUGGCUCAUCCUAAAACAAAGAAACUGCUACCUCAAAAAGGAACAAGAGAAGCAGCAGCCAGUGAAGCUUGGCCCGAUAAGAUCCGGGGUAGAGCCAGGUCCCUGCUGUCCGAGGCAGGAGGAAGGGAGUACCGUGCCCAUCCAAGAAGAUUACCGAAAGCCUGAGCUUCCCUCUUUCCCCUAAGCCAGAUGUGGCCAAGGUGUUGCUGAUGGGACAGCGUCCUUCUCCACCUUGGCCUGGCUCCAGCCCGACUACUUACAAGGGUAGGAGAUAACUCUCCCAGUCAAUUCAGACACCUCCUAGGAGCCCUGGCCACCACCCUCUGCCCAUGUCUUCCCCUCACUUACUUAGAAGUCUUCACCUGCCUUUGUGAAUGACAGAGACGCUUGUCAAGGAACUCAUUUGAGUGUGGUAAAGCUAAGGGGUUGGGGGGAGCAGCACUGCAGACUUGGUGCAUCCUGCAGGGCUUGAGUUGAGUGCCUUUCUACUAUGAUGGAGAGAGCCCAUAUGUACAAAUAAAAUGGAUGCACUUU